AUGCAAGGCAAAUCGGAGAAGAAGAAAUCUCCUCCGUUGUCCCCGACAAUUCGGAUUCCACUCCGUUGUCCUGUUUCCACCCCGUGUAAAAGUCGGCGGCAGCGACGCGACGUGGGUUGCCGGACCUGCGCCAACUACGCCCGUUCCCAACUGUCAUCCGCCGCGGACUUCGUCCUCAACUACGUCUUCCUCCAGCACAACGCCACCGACCGGCGAGGGUACCAGCAGGUCAAGCUCUUCGUCAACAAAUUCAACGCCUCCCACGUGGCGUACACGGGCGCCAAGGAGAUCUACUUCAGCGCCGACUUCAUCGAGACCUACUUGGCCCCGGACCUCAAGAGGGAGUUCUCCGGCGUGCCGUACAGGGAGAUGGCGCACGUGUGGCUGUGA